ACAUAAAACCCAUAGCAGGGAAUUUUUAUCAGAAGCUAACAGUUGAUCUAAUGACAAGCAGACAGGUGAGAUAGCAGCUAUAUGUUUCUCUCAAAGACCGUUUUGCAAAUUAAUUGGACUUGGAACAGGAAUUGAACAAAGAGCUGGGCAAAGCAAAAACGCAGACACAUUCAUCCUGAGCCUUUUGUUUCUUAAACAAGAGGUAGUAACUAUUAUUUGAUGCAAAGAGAGAAGGAAAGAUGGAUGGCAGAUGAUUGUGAGGUAACAGCAUAAGAAGGACGUGAGUGCCAGCUCCAUCCAGAUGCUCCAGCAGGUUCAAGGAUGAGCACAGUGGGCUUGGUGCUCUUGGGGCUUGCUCUGAGGUUUAGGGCCACAAUCUCCAACCCAGAGGAAGGCAACUUUUGCUCAAAAAGCCAAGUGGCCUUCAGAGACUCUUGCUUUGAAUUUGUGCCUCUCAGUCACACCUUUUAUGGGGCCCAGAGCUGGUGUGAGGAGCAAGGGGGGCAUUUGGUCUUUAUUCACGAUGAAGACACCCAACAGUUUCUGCAGAAGCACAACUCACAGGACAGGGAAUGGUGGACUGGACUCACAGGGAACUUGGCGCAGAACGGAACCACAGAAGGGCCAGGGAGCUGGCUGGACACCUCAAAUGUGAGCUAUAGCCACUGGAGCAGAGGACAGGCCUGUCUUGCGCCAAACACCUGUUGUUACAUCGGGAGAGAUGCUUCCUUUGGGUGGGCGGCCUCAGACAACUGCACGCAGCCGUUUGCCUUCAUCUGCGAGUUUGGUGCUGGCCAGAGUGUGGCCUGUGACGGCCUCAAUGCCACCAUGCACUGCGGCUCAGGGGAGGUCAUCCAGAUCCAGGACGCCUUCUAUGGGCGCCAGACUCCCCAUUAUUGCACCCAGGGUGCUGCAGGCCCCUCGGAGGAGGAAUGCAGCUGGGCCAGCAUCAAGGACAAAGUGGCAGGCCAGUGCCAGGGGCUGCAAGUAUGCCAGGUGGCAGCAGAUGGGACCUACUUUGGAGACCUGUGCCCCACCCAGGGCAGCUACCUGUGGGUGCAUUACCAGUGCCAGGAAGGCCUGCAGCUGAUGGUGUCCAAUGAAAGUUUCAUCUUUGAAAAUGUCACCAUCUCCCUCACAUGGCUCCUCUCUCCCUUCACUGGAAAUCUGUCAUGUAUAAUUAGUACAGGAGAUGGCCACACUUUCAAUCCCUACUACCCCCCCAGUUCAUCCAGCAAUGUGACCCACCAGUAAGCCCCUGGGGAAUUCACUGUGUUUACCGAGCGCACAACCACUGAGUGGCACGUGAUGGCUCAGAAGCACGUGACCAUCCGAGACAAGAUGGAGAGGCUCCAUGUGACCAGGUACUCCAGCCUGUCCAAGUCAGGAGCCAGCCCUCUCUGCCGCGCUGUCUUUGGGGACCCGUUGUGGAUUCAGGUGGUACUUGAUGGAGGAACUGGGGUGACUUACACUGCACUGUUGGGUAACAUAACCCUGGCUGAGUUCACCACACCGAGGGGCCUGCUACCCUACAAUCUGACCCUGGACAGAGCAGCUCAGCAGAGGAUGGGCCCUGGGAUGCACCACCUGGAGAUCCGAGCCACCAGCAACACCACCACCUCUGCACCCUCUAGGAACAUCACAGUCCACUUCAUGGAGCCUCUGUCAGGGCUACAGGCCUCCUGGGGUUCUGACCACUUGGAGCUUGGAGAAGACCUACUGGUCAACAUCUCCGUGGCUCAUGGCAUCCCAGAGGGCCUGACCUUUGAAGUGGCAGGACUCAAUGCAACCUUCACCCAUCAAGAAGAAAGCCUCCAACGGCCAUUUGGGAUUUACCAUGUGGCAGUUCCUCUUGAAGGCACGUUUCCGGUCACUGUGACGGUGAGGAAUGCCUUCUCAAACUUAAGUUUGGAAGUCGGAAGCAUCACUGUCACAGCUCCUUCCAGUCUACAAGAACCAUCUGGAACAAAUGCCAAGGAAAAGAACAUGAAGAAAGGGAAUGUGCAGGUGUAUGUGGAACCUGGUCAGUAUGUGGAUCCUUUCACGACAGUGACUCUGGGCUGGCCAGACAGUGACACGGAUUUACACUUCCAGUGGUCAUGUGGACGUUGCUGGGCCCAGUGGAGCUACUGUGUUGAGAGGCAGCUGCUCUGCACAGACCAAAGGGAGCUGGUGCUUCCUCCGUCCUGCCUGCCACCGCCCAACUCCGCCAUCACCCUGCACCUGGCCACCUGGAGAGGCAGGGAGCUGGAGAACCGGGAGGAGAAGUGCCUCUAUGUGUCUGCCCCCCUGGAACUCAGGCCUCGAGUCAGCUGUGAGAACUGCAGACCAGCGAAUGCCAGUGAAGAUGUCAUGCUCAGAGUCACCGUGGGGGAUGACUCCUCAGUGGCCAUGUUCAACUGGUAUUUAGAGGACACCUCUCUGGAGAAGGAUGAGCCUCUCCCGGCUGCCUGCAGAUUCCAGGAAUUUUGGCUGAGUGCUUUAAUCCUCCUUCAGAGCAACACCUCCAUGCUGCGGUUGAACAGCUCCUUCCGGCAGACCUGGGGCCAGGCCAUCCGGAUCAGAGCCACAGCCUUGACUGGGCAUGCUUAUGGGGAGGACACCUAUGUGAUCAGCUCUCUGCCUGCCCCCGAGGUGCCCAUCUGCACCAUCACCCCGGAGGAGGGUACCAUUCUGACGAGCUUCACCAUCUUCUGCAACACAUCCUCUGCCCUGGGCCCCCUGGAGUACUGCUUCUGUCUGGAGUCAGGUUCCUGUCUACACUGUGGCCCUGAGCCUGCCCUCCUGUCAGUUUUUCUGCCACUUGGAAAAGUAAACAAUGACUUCAUGCUGACAGUGGUCAUUUCUGUCUCCAAUCUCUCAGGGGACAAACAGCAGGCCCAUGCAGCAGUGAAGGUGGGACUUGGAGACACCCGUGUUGACAACGUGGCUUUCCAGGCUGCAGUGUUGGAGAAUAUCACCGCCACUCUGCAAGGUGAGCGGGACCCUUAGCGGCUCUUCCAGCUGUCCAGAGCCGUGUCAUCCAUGCUGGACCAGGAGUGCCAGGAGCAGGGCUGCAGGGGGCUGCUGAACAUGGACGUCAGACAGAAGGUGCUCAAGAGGGGGCCCUUUCAUGCCGUCCAGUGGGGCCCCGGGGUCUGUACACAGCCGUUCAGGGUGGGGAGUGGAAUUCACAGAGCUGGGAAGCCUCGGUAUCUGCUGAGCUGUUGACAUCAGCUCCCUCUCUGGUCCUUUCUUGGUAAGUGACCUAAAAUGAGGGAAACCUGCUUUCCCUGCUCUGCCUCAUGGAGUCAAAGGCUUC